GUGACGUGGAGUAAGUUCCUGCUGUGGCUUGAGGGAAACAGAUCGACAUUCAGCCAGGGGAGAUUCGGUCUUUGUGGCCUGUGAAGCCCCUCUGUGAGCGAUGGCCUCACCAGUCUCCGUCUACAACUCCAACGCCUUAGACACGCACAUCUCCACUACGUCCAGAGAGUCUCUGAAGAUGGAGCUGCUGUCAGAUGUUUCUCUGCUUCCUGGAGAGGAGAGGAUCAUGGAUAAAGAUGUCAUGUACAUGUGUCCUUAUAACGGAGCAGUGAAAGGAAAAGUGCUGAUCACCAACUACAGACUCUACUUCAAGAGCUCAGAUACUGACGUAACCAUCAUGUAUGACGUCCCUCUUGGCGCCAUCAGUCGAGUGGAGAAGAUGGGCGGGGCUUCUAGCAGAGGAGAGAACUCCUACGGUCUGGACAUCACCUGUAAGGACAUGAGGAACUUGCGUUUUGCAUUGAAGCAGGAGGGUCACAGCAGGAGAGACAUCUUUGAUUUCCUCUUCAGACAUGCGUUCCCUCUGUCACACGGGCUGCCUCUGUUUGCCUAUGUGACUCAGGAGAAGUAUGAGGAGAACGGCUGGAACGUCUACAAACCCAUCGAGGAGUUCAGACGGCAGGGUUUACCCAACAAUAAGUGGAGAAUAACCUUCAUCAAUAAGAACUAUGAGCUGUGUGACACCUACCCCACCGUUCUCGCCGUUCCCUUUAAGAGUAAAGAAGAAGAUCUGAGGAGAGUUGCCACCUUCAGGUCACGGGGACGAAUACCGGUUCUGUCGUGGAUCCACAGGGAGAACCAGGCGGUGAUCGUGCGCUGCAGUCAGCCUCUGGUUGGAAUGUCGGGGAAGAGGAACAAAGACGAUGAGCGUUACCUGGACCUCAUCAGAGAGGCCAACGAGACCACCAAGCUGACCAUCUAUGAUGCCAGACCCAACGUCAACGCUGUGGCCAAUAAGGCGACUGGUGGAGGCUACGAAGGUGAUGAGUACCAGAACGCUGAGCUGGUCUUCCUCGACAUCCAGAACAUCCACGUGAUGAGAGAAUCCCUGAAGAAGCUCAAAGACAUCGUCUACCCCAACGUGGAGGAAUCUCAUUGGCUGUCAAGUCUGGAGUCCACGCACUGGCUCGAACACAUCAAGCUGGUGCUGUCAGGAGCCAUCCAGGUGGCAGAUAAAGUCUCAGGUGGAAACUCCGUGGUGGUUCACUGCAGCGACGGCUGGGACAGGACGGCUCAACUCACCUCACUGAGCAUGCUCAUGUUGGACAGCCACUACCGUACCCUGAGGGGCUUCCAGGUUCUUAUAGAAAAGGAGUGGAUCAGCUUCGGACACAAGUUUGCCUCAAGGAUAGGACAUGGAGAUAAGAACCAUGCAGACCAGGACAGAUCACCCAUCUUUGUUCAGUUCAUCGACUGUGUGUGGCAGAUGACCAAACAGUUUCCAACAGCCUUUGAGUUCAAUGAGCGCCUCCUCCUGACCAUCCUGGAUCACCUGUACAGCUGUCGCUUUGGGACGUUCCUCUACAACUGUGAGAGUGCACGGGACCAGCACGAACUGCGGUCGAAGACGGUGUCUCUGUGGUCUUUGGUCAACAGUAAGAUGGAGAACUAUUUAAACCCAUUCUACACACCGGAGUCAGGUAGAGUCCUGUACCCGGUAGCCAGCAUGCGCCACCUAGAGCUGUGGGUGACUUACUACAUCCGUUGGAACCCCCGUAUACGACAGCAGCAGCAGAGUCCGGUGGAGCAGCGCUACAAGGAGCUGUUGGCGCUGCGGGAUGAGUACUUGAAGAAGCUGGAGGAGCUGCAGCUGUCUGACUCCUCACCCUCGCCCCGCCUGGCCAACAGCCCUGCUCCCAACACCUCGUCGUCGCCAUCUUCGCCGCCAUCGCAGCAGUACACGCACCUCCACACUCCGCUCUGAGGGCUGCUCUCUCUCUUUCUCUCUCUCUCUGUUGCACUUGUGUCCUGUUCUGGUUUGUGUGUCACGGCGAGCUAACGAUGCUAACGUGCAGUGCUAAUACAGAAUGCUAAUCAGUUGUAGAUUAGAUAGUGAUGAUGAUGACGAUGAAGAUUUAUGCAAUAUGUCACAGUACAGCCUUGUUAACACUUUAAUACACCGCUCACCAAAAGGAGAAGCCUUAAUCACGAACGGUGGCUUUAGUCCAAGGGCUUCAACACGCACCACAAUUACAGGGUGAUUACACCACAGGACGAUACAGGAUGAUCACCAGAUGACCACACAGUGGCCAUAGGACAAUACAGGACAACCAGGGGAAAAUACAGGACAACCAGGGGACAAUACAGGACAACCAGGGGACAAUACAGGACAACCAGGGGACAAUACAGGACAACCAGGGGACAAUACAGGACAACCAGGGGAAGAUACAGGACGACCAUGGGACAAUACAGGACAACCAGGGGACAAUACAGGACAACCAGGGGACAAUACAGGACAACCAGGGGACAAUACAGGACAACCAGGGGAAAAUACAGGACAACCAGGGGAAGAUACAGGACGACCACGGGACGAUACAGGACGACCACGGGACGAUACAGGACGACCAGGGGACGAUACAGGACGACCAGGGGACGAUACAGGACGACCAGGGGACGAUACAGGACGACCAGGGUGACGAUACAGGACGACCAGGGGACGAUACAGGACGACCACGGGACGAUACAGGACGACCACGGGACGAUACAGGAUGACCACAGUGACAUAGGAUGACCACAGGAUGAUACAGGAUUACCACAGGAUGAUACAGGAUUACCACAGGAUGAUACAGGAUUACCACAGGACAAUACAGAAUGACCACAGGAUGACCACAGGAUGAUAUAGGAUUACCACAGUGACAUAGGAUGACCACAGGAUGAUACAGGAUUACCACAGGAUGAUACAGGAUUACCACAGGAUGAUACAGGAUUACCACAGGACAAUACAGAAUGACCACAGGAUGACCACAGGAUGAUAUAGGAUUACCACAGGACGAUACAGGAUGACCACAGGACGAUACAGGACUGGCAUGGGACAACCACAGGACAUAGAUGGGAUGUAGACAGUAGACAAACGUACAAAGGAAAGAGAGAAGGGUUCAUCUGGGUGUCACACUUUGAUUGGAUGUAAAUAAACCCUUGAUCAUCAAACCCUGUUCUCAAAUAGAGCAAUAAACUGAUAAAUAUCAAGGUACCAUUUACCCAAAUCAGGCCUGAUCAAAACAGAGCACACUAUGAAAUAACUCUGAUGGUUAGUUUCAAGACAAGAGUGUGCUACUGUAGAAAAGACCCUAAAUUAACCACAUAAAAAUCAGUCAUUUUGUACCUGUGGGAGUCCCGAUUCAUACCUGUGCAGUUCCUGUUUUGUACCCCUGUGGGUCCUGUUUCAUACCCCUGUGGGUCCCGUUCAUACCCUGUGUGGGUCCUGUUUCAUACCCCGUGUGGGUCCCCUUUCAUACCCUGUGUGGGUCCCCUUUCAUACCCUGUGUGGGUCCCGUUUCAUACCUUGUGUGGGUCCUGUUUCAUACCCUGUGUGGGUCCCGUUUCAUACCCUGUGUGGGUCCCCUUUCAUACCCUGUGUGGGUCCUGUUUCAUACCCUGUGUGGGUCCCCUUUCAUACCCUGUGUGGGUCCCGUUUCAUACCCUGUGUGGGUCCCCUUUCAUACCCUGUGUGGGUCCUGUUUCAUACCCUGUGUGGGUCCUGUUUCAUACCCUGUGUGGGUCCCCUUUCAUACCCUGUGUGGGUCCCCUUUCAUACCCUGUGUGGGUCCUGUUUCAUACCCUGUGUGGGUCCUGUUUCAUACCCCGUGUGGGUCCCCUUUCAUACCCUGUGUGGGUCCCCUUUCAUACCCUGUGUGGGUCCCGUUUCAUACCCUGUGUGGGUCCUGUUUCAUACCCUGUGUGGGUCCCGUUUCAUACCCUGUGUGGGUCCCCUUUCAUACCCUGUGUGGGUCCUGUUUCAUACCCUGUGUGGGUCCUGUUUCAUACCCUGUGUGGGUCCUGUUUCAUACCCUGUGUGGGUCCUGUUCCAUACCCUGUGUGGGUCCCCUUUCAUACCUUGUGUGGGUCCUGUUUCAUACCCUUGUGUGGGUCCUGUUUCAUACCCCCGUGGGUCCUCUUUCAUACCCUGUGUGGGUCCUGUUGUAUAUGCCUGUUGGUCCCCUUUCAUACCCUGUGUGGAUCCCGUUUCAUACCCUGUGUGGGUCCCCUUUCAUACCCUGUGUGGGUCCCGUUUCAUACCUUGUGUGGGUCCUGUUUCAUACCCUGUGUGGGUCCUGUUUCAUACCCUGUGUGGGUCCCGUUUCAUACCCUGUGUGGGUCCCCUUUCAUACCCUGUGUGGGUCCCGUUUCAUACCCUGUGUGGGUCCCCUUUCAUACCCUGUGUGGGUCCUGUUUCAUACCCUGUGUGGGUCCUGUUUCAUACCCUGUGUGGGUCCUGUUUCAUACCCUGUGUGGGUCCUGUUCCAUACCCUGUGUGGGUCCCCUUUCAUACCUUGUGUGGGUUCUGUUUCAUACCCUUGUGUGGGUCCUGUUUCAUACCCCCGUGGGUCCUCUUUCAUACCCUGUGUGGGUCCUGUUGUAUAUGCCUGUUGGUCCCCUUUCAUACCCUGUGUGGAUCCCCUUUCAUACCCUGUGUGGGUCCUGUUUCAUACCCCUGUUGGUCCCCUUUUCAUACCCUCUGUGGGUCCUGUUUCAUACCCCUGUGGGUCCCUUUUCAUACCCUGUGUUGGUCCUGUUUCAUACCCCUGUGGGUCCCUUUUCAUACCCUGUGUGGGUCCUGUUUCAUACCCCUGUGGGUCCCUUUUCAUAUGCUGUGUGGGUUCCCUGUUUCUGUCUGUUUUCGCCCAUCUCACUUCUCAGUCUCGUUGAUAGCUGCUGCACUGCUGCUGAGGGCCGUCUCAUGUAGAGAUGGUCAACAGAGAGAUAGAUGGUGUGUGGAAGCUCUGCUGGGUUUUACUGUCUGCAUACUCUAUGGUUUUAAGAUUCUAAAGACAUGGAGACCACAGACCUAAGGACAGAGUUUAAUGUUGUAAUCAAACAGAAAAAGGGUGAUCAAAUGAGACUGCAGUUCCAGGCUCUGACUCCACCAGGAUAUAUAAAAUAUUAUUUAUUUGAACAAAAAUCAGUUAAGACAAGCUUUGACUUGGGCAAACCUCCCCAGUGUUAGGUUCAGACCUGACUGAAGCUAAAGUGAAGUCAUAAAGUCAAGUGGUGCUUCGCCAGUCGAGAGUUAAACUCUGAGUCUGUCUCAGUCGAGAGUUAAACUGUGAGUCUGUCUCAGUCGAGAGUUAAACUCUGAGUCUGUCUCAGUCGAGAGUUAAACUCUGAGUCUGUCUCAGUCGAGAGUUAAACUCUGAGUCUGUCUCAGUCGAGAGUUAAACUCUGAGUCUGUCUCAGUCGAGAGUUAAACUCUGAGUCUGUCUCAGUCGAGAGUUAAACUCUGAGUCUGUCUCAGUCGAGAGUUAAACUCUGAGUCUGUCUCAGCCGUGGGUUAACCUCUGAGUCUGUCUCAGCCGUGGGUUAAACUCUGAGUCUGUCUCAGCCGUGGGUUAAACUCUGAGUCUGUCUCAGUCGAGAGUUAAACUCUGAGUCUGUCUCAGUCGAGAGUUAAACUCUGUGUCUGUCUCAGUCGAGAGUUAAACUCUGAGUCUGUCUCAGCCGUGGGUUAAACUCUGAGUCUGUCUCAGUCGAGAGUUAAACUCUGAGUCUGUCUCAGCAGUGGGUUUGACUCUGAGUUUGUCUCAGCCGUGAUUCUAGCUGAGUCUGUUGUACUUGUUCAGUAAUACCAAAUUCUGACCAGGUAAACUAUAACACUGACUAAAAAUAACCAUUUUUGUAUGUUCUCCGUCUUCCAUCUUGAAUUCCUGACCCUUCUGGGCUUCUGUAGACUCAGACAGGAGCAUAUAAAGCUGACCUGUCCUGAAAGCAGCAGAUGCUCUCACCAUCGCCUCAGUAGGGUUCAGUAAAGUCAUGAAGCAGCUGUACAGGGUUGAUCUCAGGACAUCACAUGGACAGUGGUACGUCUGUUUUCAAAUGUCAAUGGCAGUGGAUUCAGACUGAAGAUAUAGGACAACCCUCCAGUCUCCCUCUUUGGUUCGUUUAUAUAUAAUCAUCAUCAGGCUGCUCUCUCAGACAUCAGUACUGUACCCAUCUGUUGAACUGUUCUUCAGCUAGCAUCUACUUCCUCUAGUUCAGUCGCCACUCGCUGUCAUCCAGACUGGUCACAUGACCCACAAAGGUCUGAUUAUCAGAGUACUGUAAAGCUGCUUUCACAUCAGGGACCCGGACAGGACUGAGAACAUAUGACCCAAUGACUGGUUCAUUCUAAAGUGAGAACUCAUGUAUGAAGAGGUGGUCUGGGAAGGACUCAUGGACUAGAGGACAGUACGGGGUACUCAUCAGUCAGAGGAUGGACUACAAUACUUGAUUUCUGUCAUUAUUAGAACGCAGCAGUUCUGCUUUACUUCGGCAACUUUUUCAGUAGUUGUCAACUAUGACCUCCGGAAAAAAAUGGAGGGAGGACAGCCACAAAAAGAGAUGAGACGAUGUCCUCAAAGCGUUGUUCUUACACAGGUGUUCUCUAACAGAACCAUGUUACUGAUGUGAAAGCAGACCGGAGAGCAGAGGAACUGUAGUCGAGUAUGUUCCCUAAUGCUUAAAAAAAAAAAAAAAAAAAAAACACUCUCAAAGUACCCAUGAUGGCCAAUCAGAGAAUGGCUGAUCGGCUACCUCAGCAGCAGACUCUCACCACAGAGUGGAAGAACUAUUAACCAGAGGGUCGCUGUUACAGUCCAGCUCCAGGUGUAUCUCCUUAACCCUAACCCUGGAAACGUUUGGAAAACCUGAUCAAGUUCGAACAUGGCAGAUUAACACAAAAAUCAUGAUGGUAGAGCACAGUAAACCCACCAUCCACAAAACCUCCACGGUCCAAAUAAUCAGAAACAUCUCAGAAGUGAAGUCAGAGAUGGUUUUCUUUAGUUCUAGUCUUUGACUGGACUCAUCUCUUUUCUACAGGACCCUUAAACCCUUAAAGACAAACACUUUAAGACAGAACCCAUAAACCUUUAAAAGCAGAACCCUUAAACCCUUAGGGACAGAACCCGUAAAUCUCUGAAGACAAGACCCUUAACCUUCUAAAAACAGAACCCUUUAACCCUUAAAAGCAGAACCCUUCAGUCUCAAAAGACAGAACCCUUAACCCUCUACAGACAGAAUGCUUAAACUUCUAAAGAUGGAACCCUUAAGCUCUUAAAGAGAGAACCCUUAAACCCUCAAAGCAGCGUCCUCUGUCGUCUGAGUGAAACAGUCUCAUAAAGUUUGUCUCCUCGUGGUGUCUUCUGAGGCGGCAUGCAAUGUGUCCGUUUUUACAUGAACGAGGUGCAAUAAGUUAUUGUUCUCGGUGCGUCAGGUCCUGUCCACUUCUGUGCCUUGAUUCUUGUCAGAAUCACCUCCAUCAUUGACCAAUCAGAGUGCCCUCAUGAGAGUCGUGUUUGAGAUCAACCACUCCCUGGUGAUGGUCUUUGGCUGUUUGUGAUUUGGAGUUGUCAAAAGGAAGUAGAAACAUUGGCCUGAGUAGUCGUGGUUCCGAAGGGAAGGCUGGAGCCUGAAGGAAGAGAGGAGGGAGGCUAUGCCGGUAAAUCAAGGUUGGCAAAUCGAUCUCCUAGUGAGUUAAUCUCAAACAUGACUCGCGUUUAAGUCUGGCUGGCGACUCGAUCUCCCAGCUAGUAAAUCUCAAACAAGACUUGUGUUAAAGCCUGGUUGGCGACUCUAUCUCCUAAUGAGUUAAUCUCAAACAUGUGUCGUGUUAAUGUCUGGCUGGUGACUUGAUCUCCUAGUGAGUUAAUCUCAAACAUGACUUGUAUUAAAGCCUGGUUGGAGACUCGAUCUCCCAGCUAGUUAAUCUCAAACAAGACUCGUGUUAAACAUGGUUGGCAACUCUAUCUCCCAGCUAGUUAAUCUCAAACAAGACUCGUAUUAAGGCCUGGUUGGAGACUGGAUCUCCUAGUGAGUUAAUCUCAAACAUGACUCAUAUUAAAGCCUGGUUGGAGACUCAAUCUCCUAACUAGUUUAUCUCGAACAUGACUCGUAUUAGGCCUGGUUUGCGACUAGGAUCUCCUAGCUAGUCAAUCUCAAACAUGACUCGUAUUAAACAUGGUUGGUGACUUGAUCUCCCAGCUAAUAAAUCUCAAACAUGACUUGUAUUAAACAUGGUUGGUGACUUGAUCUCCCAGCUAAUAAAUCUCAAACAUGACUUGUAUUAAACAUGGUUGGUGACUUGAUCUCCCAGCUAAUAAAUCUCAAACAUGACUUGUAUUAAACAUGGCUGGUGACUUGAUCUCCCAGCUAAUAAAUCUCAAACAUGACUUGUAUUAAACAUGGUUGGUGACUCGAUCUCCCAGCUAAUAAAUCUCAAACAUGACUCAUAUUAAGGCCUGGCUGGAGACUCGAUCUCCCAGCUAGUUAAUCUCAAACAUGACUCGUAUUAAAGCCUGGCUGGAGACUCGAUCUCCCAGCUAGUUAAUCUCAAACAUGACUCGUAUUAAAGCCUGGCUGGAGACUCGAUCUCCCAGCUAGUUAAUUUCAAACAUGACUUAUAUUAAAGCCUGGUUGGUGAUUCGAUCUCCGAGGAAGUUCAUCUCAAACUCUUUGGCUGCAGCCUUUCUGAUUGGCUGGAUGGAGGUGAUGUCACAGGUUGUACCGAAUUGGUUCCACGUCUGCGUCCUCUUUAGGUUUGAUCCGGUCUCAGGAGGGUUGGCGAGGAACUGGCGGUGAUAGUGACAUCAAAGGUCUGUUGGUGGUUGAGUUUUUAGGGAAUAAACAGAUAAAUCUAUAUUUUUAUUUUGUACUCUGUAAAACCAUGAUGUAAUUACCUCAAUCAGAACCUAUUUUACUGCCUAAAGCUCUAUUGUUGUAAGAUAGGACUAUUUUAUGUAGUGUACAAUCUGAGGCUUUUAUAAUACCAGGACUAGGGUUAGAAAUAGGCGAUAUACAUGUGGAUUUCUGCUCCAGACCUUUAACCUGGUUUUGUUUGGUGUGGGACGGAGACUGGGACCUUCUCUGACUAUAGUCUUUAGAGGUCUCUGACUGUGGUCCUCGUGUUUUGAGACCUUCUCUGACCGUGGUCCUAAUGAUCAGAGGUGUUUCUGGUCUGACUAAGUUCUCUUAAGGUCAGACUAAGGUCUCUGACCCUGGUCUUUAAAGGUCAGUCUAAGGUCUCUGACCCUGGUCUUGAAGGUCGGACUAAGGUCUCUGACCCUGGUCUUUAAAGGUCAGACUAAGGUCUCUAGCCCCAGCCUUUAAAGGUCAGACUAAGGUCUCUGAUCCCGGUCUCUGAAGGUCCCCGUCCCUGUCCUCUUUGACUCUUUCUUGUUUUCUGGGGUUGUUGUAGUUUGGGGUUUCGUGUCUUAAUUAGCCUGCUUUUAUAAACACAUGAGAUGUGUUGAGGAUGUUUUUGGCAUCAUUAAGGGAAGGUGAAAUGCUGAAACAUUUCAAACUUGUUUUUUUUGACUCUGUUUUCUCUGUUGGUUGGCUCCAGUUCUGUAAAUAUUACUGAUUAAAUUAAUUUAAGAAG